UCAACAUUACAUCGCUGAUCGACAGCAUUGUCAAAUAAUGGACAGGACGUUUGGAUAUAAGGUUUAACAUCUGAGCCAAGGGACACAUGAGUCGGUUCUAUACCGUGAUGUGUCACGAUGUGCUGUGUUUGUUAUGUCGAUAUGUUCGGUGCCAUAUAAAUAAUGUGACGAAGUUGUCAUAAAAUUGAACAACUAUUUAGACAGAGGGACGCGCAUUCUGGAGGACAUUGGCUAUUAGAGUAUUGACGACAGUCUAGAAACUGGGACUUUAUAAGACGUAUAGAAGAGAUUUUAGCAAUUGAUCAAGACCUUAUUUUCAGAUCGCAUUGAUUUAGCGCCGGCUUUUCGGAAGUCACUCUGUCCGAAAUGCAGACCUUUGUGAAAGGAAAGAGGGUUGGAUACUGGCUCAGCGAAAAGAAGAUUAAAAAACUCAAUUUCCAGACUUUCGUGGAUAUGUGCAGGAAACAGGGGAUAGAGAUGAUCCAGCUGGAUCUGAGCCAGCCAAUAGAGAAGCAGGGUCCGUUUGAUGUCAUCAUCCACAAGCUGACCGACCACAUUGUUGAUGCUGACCAGAAUGUCACAGAAUCCCUUCUACUUGUACAGGGUGUCCAGGACUACAUAGACGCUCACCCUGAAACUGUUAUUCUGGACCCUCUUCCGGCCAUACGUACCCUGCUGGACCGAUGCAAGUCAUAUAAGCUAAUUCAAAAAAUUGAAGACGACAUGCAAGAUGACAGGAUCUGCUCUCCUCCCUUCAUGGUUCUUAAGAGUGAAUGUAACGCAGAGACCCUGGAGAAGCUCCACAAGAAUGGAAUUACAUUUCCUUUCAUUUGCAAACCUCAGGUAGCUCAUGGCACCAACUCUCAUGAGAUGGCCAUCAUCUUUAGUGAGGAAGAUCUGACAGACAUCAAGCCCCCGUGUGUAAUCCAGAGCUUCAUUAACCAUAAUGCAGUGCUGUAUAAAGUGUUUAUCGUGGGAGAGGCUUACAGCGUGGUGCAACGGCCCUCGAUUAGGAAUUUUCCCUCUGGACCCACCGACAGGAGAGCUAUAUCCUUCAACAGUCAUCAUGUGUCCAAACCAGAGUCAUCUUCUCAUCUGACCUGUAGAGACAACAUGGAGGGUCAGUACUGGGCACCAAACAAUGAUGUCAUUCAGAAAAUGUCCAGAAGGUUACGAGAAGCCCUCAGCAUUUCUCUGUUUGGGAUUGACAUCAUCAUCAACAACCAGACCGGCCAGCAUGCCGUCAUUGACAUCAAUGCAUUUCCAGGUUAUGAGGGGGUCCCUGCGUUUUUUGAUGACCUGCUGAGUCACAUCACCAGCGUCCUGCGAGGUCAGGUAUCUAGCGGAGCGUCAUGCGGUCAUCUGAAAGCGAACGGAAUAGGACAGAACCCAUCCGUAGCCUGUGGGAUGCCCUGCGGCAUGCUGGGAAAUGAAAGCAGUUGCUGGUUGAUGGACAGUGAGGGAAUAAAAAAAGGCUCUCAUCAGGGACGGAGUUCUUGCGGGGCCUGCAGGGCUCCAAACUUUCACCAGCACGCUAGAUCCGGUUUAGCAGCAGCUGAGACUUCAUCACAAUGAGACUUCAUGUUAAUCUAGUAGAAUAUUUGAUGACCAUUCCCAAACCAAUUCAACCCUCGUAAAAUGGUGUAAAAUAAUUAUGUUGUCCAUGAUUUAAUGUCUGUCAAUUGUUUUCUCAGAGUUGAUUUAUUUAAAUUCAUGUUCAAAAGCGGAAACCUGGUACUGUAUGUGGUAUGAUUUUGUUAUAAAUGACUUGCACUGAUUUUAUUUACAGAAAAGGGGUCUUGUAGAGGAAUUGAAAAUGUAUAAAUAGCUAGGUAGCUACAUAACUUGAAAGGAGUGUCAUUUGUGUGAUGUUACUGUUAGAUGUUAUACUUUUCAGGAAACUAGUGCCCACUGCCCAGUUAGCUUUAAUGCUUCUAAAAAGUAUGAACAUUAAUUUCUUAAAAACUGAAUUUGCAGCUGUUUACUUUUUCAAACUGUAAAAGAUUGUAGCGUAAAAUGUUUUUAUAGAGUAACCAUUUAAUAUCUGGAGAGACCUGUUGUUCUUUCUUUAAAACAUUAUUUUUACACUUACAGGUGCUAUGAUAGUAUAUUGGAUUAUUCAUUGUAGGAAAUAUGACUUAAUAUGUUGUGGCUAUGGACGAAUGACCUUUUCUGAUUAUGGUUAUAAAAAAAUGCAGUUUGAGUUAAAGGAAAAGUUCACCCGAAAACUACCCCUAAAGCUAUCCCUGGUUAGUCACACUUGUGUUGUUUUAAAUAAUUAUUUCAUUGAAGACAAGAGAAAAGUUGACUUUGUUUUUAUUUCCUAUUUGGAACAACAUAAGGGAGAGUAAAUGGUGGCAGAAAUUGUUUUGGUAUGAAAAGUCUCGUUGAAAUCGUUUCCUCUGGCCUGUUCUGUCCCCCAUUGCUAUGGUAUAUUUGUACAUGAUGUAUAAUUUGUAUAUAUGUUGAUUAUUUUCUUCCUUUUGGCAUUUAAAAGGCAUAAAAAGCCUUUUAAAUGUCAUGAAGCAAUGAACCAAAUAUAAAAAACAGAACUCUGAUGUUGUGAAUCAUAAUAUUUUUUAUUAUUAUUUACAUCAUGUCUAGUGAUGUAAAUUCAAAUUUACAGAUUCAAACACUUAGUCGCAUAGUCACAUAGAAUCAUUUACUUAGAAAAACAUUUCUUCUCAUUUCUUCUCUUGCGUCUUGCAUUUUCUUCCUAAAUGAAUUCCCAAAAAGAAGUUCAUUUCUGUCAUCACCAUAAAUAAUAAAAACAUUAUUGCCUGUGGAUCAUAAGACUUAAUAAUAGGUACUAUUUCUGAGACGUUUAAGUUAACAUUUGAAUUCUUGGUAGUUUUCUGUAAAUUAUUUUCUCACAAUAUAUGUACUGAAUGCGUUAGGAAGCAAGCACAAGAAAGCAAAGCACAGGAGCUAAAAGAGGACAUAAUAGGACCUGCCUCAGGACCUUAAU